UUGUGUGCAUCAUGUCGGAAAGCGCGGCACGGGGAGACAUGCCGGCCAAGAGGCAGAAACUGAGCGAUGAGAACAGCAAUCCUGACAUGUCGCCAGACGAAAAUCUUGAUGCAGCUCUGAAAAAGCAGCAAUCAGUGUUCACCAAAAGUCAAGAGACUCAUGAUGGAGCUAUCAAGGCCAGCGGUAUUAUUGCCAACAAAACAGCUGCUGUGUCAAAGCCAUACUCAGGGGGAAUUCAUCAAAGCAUGCAUGCUGAUGGCGGCAGAGCUGGUGUGCCCUGAGAAGAGGCACGCUUUUGGGAAUAUCAGCUUGUCAAGAAAUAUGUGGUAGAGAGAAUCACGGACCUUGCAGAAGAUUUGAACAGUCAAAUAAAAGAUGAAGUGAAGUCAUUUAUUGCCUUCUGUAUUGCAAUUGAUGAGAGCACCAACGUGACUGAUGUAGCUCAAUUAGGAAUAUUUAUUCGUGGUGUUGAUGCAUCUUUGACCAUCACUGAGGAGUUUGUGGAGAUGGUGCCCUUGACAAACACCACAAUGGCGAACGACGUUUUCUCCAGCCUUGUCGAGGCCUUGGACAGACUGGGGUUGACUGGAGUCGCUGUUAACAUGGCAACAGAUGGCGCACUGUCCAUGGUCGGGAAAAAGGCAGGUGUUGUUGCGAAACUCAGAGAGAAAGUUCAAACAGAGAAUCCAGAGCAGGAAUUCUGGAAUUUUCAUUGUAUUAUACGGCAAGAGGCAUUAUGUAGCAGGAGCCUGAAAAUGGACAAUGUCAUGGAUGUAGUAAUAAAAACGGUUAAUAUUAGAGCCAAGGGACUCAACCAUCGGCAAUUUGACACUCUUUUGUCUGAAAGUAAUAUUGGACAUGGCCUACCCGACCACACUGAUGUCCACUGGUUGAGCAGAAGGGUUGUGCACAAACGUUUUUUUCAAUUAUGUGCAGAAACUGGACUAUUCAUGAAUGAGAAAGGGAAGUCAGGGGCAGAGUUGGAUGACCCAGACUGGCUUCAUGAUCUUGCAUUUUUGGUGGAUAUAACAGAGCACUUAAAUGUGCUUAAUGUUAACAUGCAAACUUGUUACGGAAUACUACGACAGCAUUUGUGCCUUUCAAAUUAAAUUAGGCCUGUGGGAGAUACAGCUAUCCCAGAACAACCCAGCUCAUUUCCCCUCUUUGCAGUCUGUGCGUGUCACUCAUGGGAAUAAUGACAACAUGGACAGGUACAAGGACAAAAUAUCUUGGCUGAAAAAUGAGUUUCAGAAUUGUUUCCAAGUCUUCAUUCAGCUCGAGAAGGAAUUCUCACUAUUUUGCUCGCCAUUUGCUGUCAACGCAGCAUCAGAUGUGCCGGAGGUACUCCAAAUGGAACUAAUUGAAAUUCAGUGUAACUCGGUUUUGAAAUAUAAUUUUGAGACUGUGGGUCUGGACUCAUUCUAUCAACACCUGGGACCGAUGUACCCCAAGAUGACAGACUUUGCCUCAAAAGAUCCUUUGCAUGUUCAGGACGACAUAUCUCUGUGAGCAGCAGGCGUUGUCCAUUAUGAACACUAAUAAAUCCAAACUGCACUAGCAGCUGACACACAGACAUCUAAAUGACAUUAUGAAAAUCACAACUGCCCAGAAACUGGUCCCUGAUGUUGACAGGCUGGUUAAAGCCAAGAGAUGUCAGAUGUCUGGAAGCAGCAAGUGAAAAAUGAGUGACACUCUUCGAUGCACUGCGACAUGUAAGCAAAAUGCAUUAUGAAAUAUUGAGUGUCAUAAUAUCGUGAUUCAUUCAUUUUCUGACUAUUCUAUUAUUGUAAAUGUGAUCACCAAUAAA